CACAUAUAAUCUGUUUAUCCACAAACUCAACCUCCAUAACUAAACUCUUACAAGCUCACCCUCUCACUCUCUCCCUCCUCUCGAGAGGCGAAUACAACAAUGGCAAUGGCUUCCGCAACAACAACAAUUCUCUCACUCAAAUCAUCCUCAUUCCAAACCUCAUCUCUCUCUCCUCCCAUAACUCGAUGCACUACUGCUAAAGGAAUCUCUCUCACGCAUUUCAACAAACACCUUAACAACACUCUAAAACUCACCUCUUCUCACUCCAUUUCAUCAUCUGUGCUUCAACCCAUUUCUCUCCAGAACAGAAUCUCAACCGUUGAUUCUCCUACAUCAACUUCUUCUCCUUCUUUUACUGUUUUUGCUGCUAAAGGGUACAAGAUGAAGACUCAUAAGGCGUCAGCUAAGAGAUUUAGGGUCACUGGAAAAGGGAAGAUUGUGAGGAGGAGAGCUGGGAAACAGCAUCUUCUUGCUAAGAAGAAUACUAAGAGGAAAACUCGUCUCUCUAAAAUGGUUCAAGUUGAUAGGAGUGAUUAUGACAAUGUGAUUGGGGCUUUGCCAUACCUGAAAGUAAACAGGAAAUUUUAGUGGAGGCAACAUCUCCCACUUUAUGAAAAUCAUCAAUCUCUUUUGUAAUAUCCUAAUCAUGUUUAUCAUCAUGCUUUUAUUCUAGUUUAUCAUCUACAUUCAAGAUGUCUUUAGUUCUUAUCCCUUCUGUUUACCACAUUCUUGUAAUUGUAUGAUAAAUCCUUGAGGAAAUUUUUUGUUUGUAAUCAAUUGAAUUUGAGUA